CAAUCAUCAUCUCGUCAGGCUCGCUUUGUCGGCUCUCCUUGCCCGCGUUCGCGGUCCCGGGUCCGCUUCUGUCGGUCGGAGCAAGAACGUGCCUGCUGAAACGCGCGGGAAUCCAGCCGCGACGACGCUCGACUACAAACGAUCAAAGAGAUGUUGUCAAAAUGGAGCUGGAUCGUUCUUAAUCUCGUUGUCUUUGUAACUACUGCCCCACGUAAAAAAACUCCCGUGGAAGACGAAGCUAAAGCUUUCUUCGAAUUAACCGAGUUAGAUUACGAAGAUGCAUGCUACAACAUUGCCAACGUUCAGUGGUCAUUUAUUGUGUCACCUUCCAACAAAACAUUAUCAUCAUGGGAGAUGCAACAAUGUAAUUAUACAGAAUUUACGAAAAUGCAAAAAAAAGAAGUAAUCAAUAAAAUAAAAAAUACAAAAGAACAGCUAGACUCAUCUCUGCAAUAUAAAUAUGAUGUAAUUGAAAAACCUGGUGAUACAUUAUUAAAAAACGAAGAUUGGAAAAAGUUUAUACAAUUCGCUGGCGUCGUGGAAUUGCAACGAUCAAUUAGUCACGUGAAUAAGUCACAUAACUAUUCACGAGAAGGUGUGGAAUAUUUGCUUUCUCAUAGUGGAAAAUUAGAAGAUAAGCAAGCUGCCUGGAACGCUUGGCAUCGUCAGUUUUUACCAUUGGUGGCAAAUUAUUCAAACAAUUUGCUGCUCGUUGCUGAAGCCGCAAAAGAAAAUGAUGUCGAAGAUAUUAAGAAUUAUUGGGAAAUGCUGUCAGGACACCCCGAUGGAUAUGACAAAAUAAAUAGUGAAUGGAGUCGGAUUAAUAAUCUUCACAAGAAGAUUGUAAAAUUUAUUGGUACAAACUUGGCUCGAAAAUACAAUAUUACUAUAAACGAUACGCUUCCAGCUUAUUUACUCGGCAGCUUACAAGGAUAUGAGUGGACAGAUAUAUCAUCAGAUAUUUUACCCCAUUCAGAGUUAAUUUAUGAUCUCAAAAAAAAUCUCUGGAAAAAGAAAUAUGUGGGAAAAUCUUUGUACAAGACUGCAUCCAGUUUAGGUUUAAUGUUAUUAAAACAAGUUCCACAAGCGGAAUUUUGGGAUAAGAGCGAAUUUAAUCAACAGUGUCCAUCUAGUUUAUUAAACUUUUGUCGAGAUGGUACAAUGAGAGUCUCUACUUGUUCCAAAGCCACAAUAAGCAAUUUCCUAACAGCAUACGAGGAUGUUGGAAAAGUAUUAUUCAAUCAAAUUGCGAUAGAAAAUACUCCCGUUCUCGAUAUAGUUAACAGAUAUUCAGGAUUAGAAGAAGGUAUAUCGACGCUACUUGGGAUAUUAUCAGUAAGCCCUGCGUGGUUCAAACAUACCGAUUUAAUGAACAGCACUAAGGAUAAUGAGCAACAAAUGAUCGUAUCUUUAAUGAUAACCGCUUUGAAUGUACUUCCUCGAUUAGCGUAUUAUUACUCUGCCGAUUUAUGGAGAUUAAAUGCGAUUCAAGAGAAUAUCACAGAUCCGAUGGAUUUGAUAACAUCUUGGUGGAAAUACAGGCAAGAAUAUGAAGGUGUUUCUUCUGCUGAUAUGGAUAAUCCUACUUUCAUGGACGAUAGUCAUAUUGUUAGAAAUAAACCAUAUCUUCCCAAAAUUCUUGGCAUAAUGCUGUCUUUCCAAUUAUAUGAAUAUAUAAUGGAUUCAACCGAAGUCCGAUAUAACAUCGAUGGAAAACUAAUGAAUGGCAAUGUAAUAAAAAUGAUUCAACAUAGCGGAUCUCGCGAAUGGCAAGAUCUUUUGAAUACAUUCGUCGAUAUAGAUGAUAUAUCUGCAGAUCCGCUCAGUCUCUAUUUUUCACCGCUGGAGGAAUUCAUUGAAGAAAAUGAAAACUUGGAAUAUAAAUCUGGAGCAAUGGCAGAUAAAGAGCUUGAAGAAUUGGAGAAACAUAUUUUGCGAGAAAUUAAUACUCCCACUACAACGCCUUCGAUUAUCACACGCAGGAUAACAACAAAAUCGUACAAGACAAUAAGUAACGCGAAAAAUAUGCAAUCAAAAGUAGAAAAAUCUUUAGAAUCUAAAUCAUCCAUAUACAUGGAAGAUAAGCCGCAAAAUUUUGGGCCCGAUUUAACAACUCCAGUUUCUCUUGGCAAAACGUCAACGCCGGAUAUUUUGAACAGUACAGAAAAUAGCACACCAAAGAUUAGUACUAGUAAAGCGGUAUGGGCUAUAAGCGCGAUUCUUAUUGCGAUAGUAGUCAUCUGUAUUAUUGCGAUUUUCGGAAGACGAAGAUGUCGUAAAACGCCAAAAAAUAGACGAUACGUUUAGCGAUAUAAAUUUUUGUUACUAAACAUAUUUAUUUCUCGCAUUUAGGCGUUAAGAGAAUUUUGAUCAUUUAAUUUAUUAUCGCAACAAUUUCUCAUUAAGGGAGUAGUUUUCUAAUCGCUCUUUGGAGUAUUCGACCUCGUGCAUUCCUUAGUAAUGUUCCUUGUAUUUUUUUUCGAACAUCACUAAUGGUUAACUAGCUCAAUCACAUUUGCCUUGUAUCUCUACCUCCAAAUCUUAUCCAGAAAUGAACUUUUACUUCUUACAUAUUUAAAAAAUUCUGAUACUAGAUAUUUCUUUCUUGAUCGAUUUAUUAAUUAGCCUAUCAUUGUAGGUAAUUAAAAUAAUACAAGUAGUGUCGGACACGAAGUAUCUGAAACAAAUAAGUUUUCAAUUUUUAUAUAUAAUAUAAUUAUAUAUACAAAAUACGAGUAUUGUAUACAACACUUAGUAUCAAGUAUUUCUUUAAUUACGAUUACCUCGAAUUUUUAGACUUACCAUCAGCAUAUUAUUGACUCCAAAUUAAUUAUAACGAAGCUGAUUAGCAUUUGUUAACUAAUAAUCAAAAUUAAAUAUUAAUUUUAUAAUACUAAAUAUUAUAUUAAGGAUUAUACUUAAAAAAUAAUAUUAUUUUUUAAUCAUGUUUUAAAGUUAACUUAUGCUUGAACUAAAUUAAUUUUAUAAUAGCAAAUAUAUUAAGACAUAUAGUUUUCAAACAAUUUUUUUCAUUUUCUAAAUAAAGGUCUAUAAUUAUUUUUAGUAAUAAAAUUAUUUUGCAUAAAUGUUUUAUUUUUAUAAUAUUCAAUUUACGAUUAAAAUCUCUGAUGGUAAUUUUGUCGUAAGUAGAAAGAUACCUAUGUUUUCUUAGUUUAUAUAUAUAUAUAUAUAAAAUUCCUGUUUGUUUUGUAAUGCCUUAAUUCAGGUUAUUGCUCCCGUAUUAUGAUUGUAACAGAAUAAAUAUAAGAAAGCUACGAAAGUGUUGUACAUACAUAAUUGAUAGUUGCAAAGAGACAUUUGAGAAAAGAAAGGUGAUUAAGGACAUAGAAUUUAUAUACAUAACGAUAAGAAUGAUUGAAUAUUUCAUUGUACUUAGCGUAUAAGUAGACUAUUUUUCUAUAAAUAUUUAGUAUUGUAUUUUCGAGUAUUAUGCUUGUACGUACAUAUUUACAUAUCAUUAUGAAAAUAUUUAUAUUUUUUUAUAAAAAUAUCUUAUACAUCUGUCUUGUGUACGUUUGUUCGAUAGAACAAUAAACAAUAUUCCAGAUGUAAUUAAAAAAUUAUUUAAUAAUCUAUGCGAUUGUGCCAAAGAAAUCGCGUUGUCUUGCUUAUUUCUUAAAAUUAUAUAUAUGCAAUUAAAACUGUAAGAAUAAAAUUAAGUAGAAAUACAGCGUGAAAUACAUUGUAUUUAUUAAUUAAAUAAACUUUUCCAUCGUUAAAACGAUAA